AAGAACCUUCUAGACUUCAGUAGAUGGCCUCUACAAUCACAAAAGUUGCGUCGCAUCAGAGAGAGACUUUACCAACUGCAACUCGACGGAAGUGCUUUAAUAAUGAACCUGAACGUUUUUCUAUGGAGAUAUAAAUAUAUAAUAAGAUUGUGCUGCGUCUUCCGUAGUGAAUCAAUUAGUGGCCAAGAACAAGCAUCAUGUCAUCUUUUCCGAGGAGCUUGACCGGCGGGGUUCGUCGGUAUGCGGAGGAACCUGCUGCAGCAGCGCAGGCGGCUGUUCCACCGGAGGCGGCCUUCCCCUACUUCUCAUCGGCCGAACCCAUACCGCUUCACCGAGUCAAGGUACCAGGUCAGUGUAGGAUUAAUAAAAGACUAAGACAGCGUAGAAUCUCGUCCACCUUCUCGCGUGAAUCAUCUUUUUAGUGAUGGAGAACGCGCUGCUCCGGAUAGAGCGUAGUUUAUAGAACGGAUGUAGGAUGGACUUGGAUGGAUCGGAUGGACCCGCGUAAGUCUUCCGAUCCUACUUGAAAUGCAGGGAAGUCCAUCCGUUCCAUCCGAUCCAUCCGAUCCAUCCCAUCGUGGUGGAUCUGCCACCCCUAUAAAUUAUUCUAUUAUAAUUAUACUGAGCCUCCCAUAAGGUGCCGACAUUAACUUAAGUUGUGAAUCUCAACUUGAACAUCACCUUCACCAGAUGAACGGCGUUUCAUUUGAAUUUUGGAGCUAUGAGCAGCUAGAGCCGCUAGGGACGAACAUCUUGUGGAAACGCAUCCAGAUAUUGACAGAGGGCCUACAAAAUGCAGGCUUUGGUUCACAAUUAAGGCUAGAAGGAACUGCUGGUUUUUCUUUGAUUUUGAUAGAAAAUUUUUUCAAGUAUUGUGAAGGAUCGAGCAUCUAGAAUCUAGAUGCUGCACACUGACAGAGGAAGACGCUCGCCUGUGUCUUCUAAUGCACAACCAACCGCGAAGCCGCCACUCCGAAGAUUUGAUUCGGUUUAUUCUGGUCAAGCAGGUUCAUGUCUCCCUUGCGAGUAAGCAAAUUCCAGCAACAGCAUUGAAUAUAGCUAAAGCUCUACGGUCCUUUGGCGCACCAGAGCAAAUGGUGAAAGCAGAACUCGCGGUGCCAACUCAGAAUGUCCUUGCGGCCGCACCGUCAUCAUCCUCGUCGAGCACAGACAAAGCUAGAAGUCCGCGACAAUCACGGACCAGUGACUCCUAUGUCGAUGGUAGAAUAAUACAAUAAGAUUUAAUAUACAUAGGAAGGUGUUACUACUUCUACGUACUUGAGGAGGAAAGAUUCCCAUUCCGAUUCCCGUUCUUGUGGUGCCACGAAAAGCAAAAACCACGUAUUCACGUACUAGAACCAACUAACUUACUAGAUUACAUAAGAUGAAGGAAAAACAAGAAUCAUCCAACUAAAUAUGCAACUGCGCCUCUAUCUUCCUAUUUGAAAAGACUGCCCACUUGCACAGGUGCCUACGGUCUUGAUGUACAGGAGGUCGAGAAUAGGAAAUACGGUCAUUUCGAAGACACGCGAUAUCGGGACGGAUUCGCAAGAUGUCUUCACGGUGGUUCUAAGAAGCACGUGGAUCCUCCGCAUACCGAGGAUCCACCUGGCACAAUGUACAACUUCAGAUUCAGUUCUUGGACUAGUACAGCUACAGGAGCUUUCCGUUUUUAUACUAUCUAACUCCUGGCGGUAAUGAUAUCUUGAUCUAUCUUUCUGUUCUUCUGAAAAUAUGCUGCAGUUGCAUAAUAAAAUAAGAUUAACAGCGGUGCUAAUGAUAAUAUAUGAUUCAGGGCCGGACGGUGCGCCCCCUGUGGUCUACUGGUCUGUGGUGGCGCGCGCGCGCGCUUUUCCGCGCGGAUUUUUCGCGGAUUCCAGUGGUGGACGGCGUCAAAGCUUGGCGCGGGCCUCCCCUUGGGCCUCUCAGCGUGUUCCUGAGGGGCCUCCUGGCCUCUGCUGACCCUCGCAGGCGGGAGGCCUCCGGGGUACAGAGCAGCCGAAGGCGGCCACGGUCGCAAGAGCAAGCAAGCCGAUGACCAAGGGCCCGGAGGGUACAGGCUGCGCAGCUCCGGGGGUCCAGCCCCUCGCCUUUUGCCGCCUGCGGAGGCCUUCCGCUGCCGGCGCACUGCUGCGGCGGCGAAACCUAACGGAUGCACUCAGGGCACAGGCAGGCACCUGGGCGGGGGCGCAGGCGGUCCCUUGGGCCCCUUUUGAAGCCUCCUACCAUCAUCGGAGGCCCCUAGGGGACAGCCAGGCAGCUGGAAGGGAGCGGAGGGGGGAGGUCACUGGGCCCUCUUUUGAGGCCUUCCACCCCCGGCACCCGUCUUCAAAAGGGGCCCAGGGCGCACGGCGGGGGGGGGUACCGUCGCCCCGCGCCCUGGAACGUAUACAUAUAUUGAUAAUGCAUCGGGUAGAACAAGCUAAGUGUAAGAAUAAGUUUGUAUUCAUCUUCAUAGUAGAGGAGCAGGUAGUGGUAAAGGUAAUCUAUCUUCAUGCAUCCAGUUUAACGCUCGUCAUUACAUCUCACUAACUACUACCAGAUCUCCGCGAAGCCCGGCAGCGUUGGGAGGAGCAGGUAGGCCAUCACAAAGGGAAGCCUCACCAUCAAACAAGAAAGCGGAUCAGGCUCUCAGAUUACGGUCUCCAGAGAUAAAUGCAUCUUGUCUAGCCUUUUGGUUGUAGUACCUGAUACUACGAAUUAUAUGGAUGGUAAUAGAGUUAUCCCUCAGGAGCUGCAAACCCAUGCAUCUUGUCGUGAGGAAAAAUCAAAGAGGACGGGUUUAGAAUAGAGGAUGCUUUAACUAGCUUUAAAUCAUAGCGCAAGCCAUUUCAAUGGAUGCGUGCUCGAGAAAGACGCGCCAGAGAACCUUAUAGCCGCAGUAUUUUCACUCCUACAUUUUUUUUUGCUCCAAGUACAGCUUAUUUUUUAGUAAGAGGCGUAUUACUUAAGUACUUCAUCUCAUUACUUAUUUGCACAACCGGGAUUGGGUGAAUUAUAGGUCGUGUGCUCGUGAAAAUUUGAUAGAAUAUUUUGAUUACUACUACUGCACCUCCUCCUGUUCAUUUUCUGUGUUCAUCUUCUGGUAGUUUGUGGUCAAUCAAAAUUUUAGGAGUACGUUGUUCAACUAGUAAAUGGUUGUUUGUUUGUUUUGAUGCGCUCCGGGCGACGCGUACGAUCCCGCCGGAUUUCUUUGUGCUCUGUGUAUGUAGUGCUAUGGUCGUCAUUGCGAUCGACUAUGGUUUCAUGUCAGGUCGCCACAGUCCCCGCCAGCUGCGGCUUUUGUGGCAUGCCAGGCGCGGCGUGCUGCAGGCGGCGGCGACUGCGCGUAGGUAGCACCUGGCGGCGAGGCGCGUCCGGGUUUGGUUGACGUUCUUGCGGCCUGCGUGCACUGUUCUUCGCGUUCUCGUUUUGUCUUCGUUCUUUUUUGUCUUCGCGUGCUUCCUUUCUUGUCUCCUCCCUGCUCGUUCUUUGUUCGCCACCACCUAUCUCGGCCCCCGUCCUAUCGUAGCGGGCAGCGAUGGGUUUACCACAGCGGCCGCUACUCGUUUCCCCUUGUCUUCACUGGAGGUGUGGCGGCUGCGCUCGCAAGAACGCACCGCCGAAGCUGGUCGCUAAGUCGCGAAGGUAUGGGAUUAGCCGCUUCGGGUUCGACGCAGCCACCCCAACAUUCGCCAGAACUCCGUGGGCCUCUACUAGAGCCUGGAGCGCAGGGCACUCUAGUAGGUGCUGCGUGCUUGCCGCAAGGCCAGGGCAAAACGGGCAGCCAACGUCCUCCCCGGUGACUCCGCUCGCCAAACGUCCCAGCCUGAAGGCAUAGUAUCGCCGCUCGUCUUCCCGCGAGCACGUUACGCCUCGCAGGAGGUCCUUGCCGCAGCUGCCUGUGUCUGUUACGGUCUUGGCCGUCUUGCUCCCUGUGCGUGCUGCUCCGCUUAUCUGGCGCGACUUGGCUACGCGAAGUACCCUCGCGGCCUCCGUGCGGUACUGCCUGUGGCCGAUCGCCUGUCCCGUCUCGGCGGGGAAGUCCGAAGAGCUUGCUAUUCCGGCUAGCUGGUCAGCGAUCUCGUUGCCGAUGACGCCUGAGUGCCCGCGGGUAAAUCUCAGCUCUAGUCUGCCCGCUGGUCCGAGUCCUGUCAGGGCAGCACGAAGAGCCGAGUACAGGGCUGUGUCGUUGUCGUUCCUAAGUGCUGGGUUUAGGAUCGCGCGCAAGUUGGACUGGCUAUGGUAAAUGGUUCUCUUUAAGUCGCUCAUGGUUGUAUCACGUGUUGAUGACAGAUGGAAAAUUAUCAUUUUUCUUGUCUUCCAGCGAUUCCUGGAGACCGACCAAAAUCCGGGUUUUGGUGGGAAGACUACGUCCUACGAGCAGCGAAAGCGGUAUCAUGCGCCAAGGCCCAGCGCGGGUGUUGUAAUGGGGGAUAUGGUAAUAGGCGAUCGCGUGUCACAGAAGUCUCACCGAACCGGAGAGGAUAUGACCUGGGAUUCACCAUGGGACGAUCGCGUCGUUGGGCCUCACAAAAAGUACAUGUUCACCAAUAUAAUUUGUUUUUUUAUUGACCACGGACGUAGAGGUGCGGCAGUCGCAGCUGCGAGGAGGUUUGUGCCCUAUGGAGGCACCUUGAUUGAUUGACUCACUGAGCGGGAACACAGUCGUGCUCGCACAGUCCAGAGUUGGCCCUGGGUCUGUUUGUUCCUCCGUUAUCCAGCACCGCCGCUCGUUAGACGGCCGCAUAUUAUUGCAGAGUAGUUUAUAGCACGCAUGGCGCAUGGAGUGCAUGGAGCGCAGAGCUUUAAGGGGCGCAAGAAGCUCCCCCUUUAGCUCCAUGCUACUCCAUGUGAUCCAUGCACUCCAUGCCAUGCGAGCCGUGAAACCUUGCAAAUUGCUCUGUUAUUGAUUGACUCACUGAGGGCUCACCCUUCAUUAGCCCGAAACAGCGUAAGCAAAGCGGGCAGAGUCCAAAGACAGUCGCAGCCCAUUUCCGCUUGAGGUUCCUCGUAAUCGACCAUGUUGGGUGACUAGCCUCUGGCCUUUUGCUAUGGAUGAUCUUUUGUGGGCUAGGUCAGCGGGAGCGCAGUCGUGCUCGCACAGUCCAGAGUUGGCCCUGGGUCUGUUUGUUCCUCCGUUAUCCAGCGCCGCCGCUCGUUAGGCGGCCGCAUAUACUUAGUUGAUUGCCUCACUGAUAUUGACCAUGCUACAGAUGAUCAUGCUCAUGAUGGAGAGUGAUCGUCAGGGAAGAUUCAACUUGAGGCCGACGCACAUAGCGUCCUAUGUCUUUUAUAAUCGGCAGGUUCGUAGGCAAUUAGUGCACAGUAUUAUAAGGAGGUAACCGGACUCCACCUGCCGCCGGUUUGCGAACCGGAUAAAGCUGAGGCCGCUCCUUCAGUAGCGCCGGGAUACAAACAAAAAAAACUGGCCAAAAAGCGAAGCCCCCUGAAAUCUGAAAUUUAAAGCAAAUCAUCCCUGGACAAUAAGAUCAAGGAAGUCAACUCUUUUUGUUGAUCAUGGUCGUGAGGUUGCCUCCCUCUCUUUUCUCUGUCCGAUGGAUCUGAUGCAUUUUCGCAUAGUUAUUUCUGUUUCCCUUCACACUUGCAGGCGGUUGGGUGCCGAUGGCAGAGAGGAAAAAAAUUGGAUGAAGGACCACGCUGACUGUGUGGGGGUUUAUGAUAACGGAAAACACAAGAACGACACUAUGGUUGGCGCUGGACACGGCAGGAAGCACAUCGACGCCGUCUUCGGUGUAGGCGGUGGAACCGAGCGCGGAAGUCUUGCCACAAAUUUCAAAUCAAUGAGGCGAUAGGGUUAAGGGGUCAGUUGAGCUCGUGAUUCCUCCUAAAGAACACGAUGGAAUAUCCAACCACAUUCAUAGUUUCUUUCAUCUACAUGACUGAGAAUGUUGUCCUAGCUAGGACCCUAAACGCCAUGUUGUACUUGUAAUGUCAAGGAGUAUCAUCACAUGAUGAUCAUUGUUGAUGUUCAUUCAACGCAACUAUAUUCACAACUAUAAAUAAAUGCUAUUGAAGAUGUGAUUGCAUGCGAUAAUGAUAUCACCGCAUGAGUACCCGUCGCACUUACAGGCUAUUGAAUAGAGAUCACACCCACAAGACUACUACAACUACGAAGUAAUCAAAUUCCUGCGUGCGCGGCAUCUUUUCCGGCAAUUUUGGAAAACAUCAAACACUGGCUAUUAGUACCCGAUGAUGAUGUUAGAGUUAGUCGAUUCGGAUUGGGCCUACGACUUCCCGGAAUUAGUACCUAAGGUAGAGAGUUGACACAUAGGGUGAAGAUAAAAAACCGGCGCAGACAAUAGAACUACACACAACACGCUCAACAUUUUUACCAUACAAACCGAGUGCGAGUCAACAGCCGCACCCGCGUCAACAAGCCUAACCAUAAUUGUCGAUGAAGAUGAUUUGAGUGCAAGCGACCGCAACCCCCGUAGUUGGACUUGAAGCAGCUUGCUUCUGACCACGAAGAUGAAGAAUCUACCAUCAAUUACGAUUACUUCCAAGUGGGCAAAGGACGCCGCGAGAAGAACACUGACGAUUCUUGAAGAUGUUCAUACGGUUAGACGAACCCCCACUUCGGUUUCAAGAUAUAUUAGCAUACUUGAGGAUAUGGAUUGACAUGAAGAUAGAUAGAAUAGAUUUUGUUGAUUGAAGAUGUACGCUGUCGUGUUCAUCUGUGGUGAUCGAAGCCGCUGUUCCUGCUCAUGUGAUGAGGGACUCGAUCUCGCGCCCGAGGCGAGCAUUUUGUCAAAUGACGUGAGUUGGGCUUAGAAUCUAGCGCUACGUCACCAGAGGCCACAUCAAAGAUGAACGAAGACUACCAGUACUAUGCCUAUGGCCAAAUGGAAGAAGCCGCAAGGACAAUGGUGUCAAGGGAGUGUCAAGCAGGUCCCGAAUGAAUUUCAUGGUUGUUGAUGACAAAUGAGAGAGAGGAUAUUUCCCUUAAAGCCAGCUACCUGAACCAUGGGUCUCAUCAAAGAAGGCAGACGAGUGUUACGUGAUCGCUUGAGUGUUGAGCAAGUGAAGAGGCUUAGAUUGCUUGUGCUUGAGCAGUACGGGUAUAAUAGCGUAAUUAUAC